UGUAAAUUUUGCAUGUGUAUUAUGUGCAUGCCAAGGAUCUAGUUUCACCAGUUCUACACUGCUUUUAGACACGGUCGACGGGAUUUCUUGAUUGAAGAUGAACAGCACUGAUGAUCUUGCCAGUUACUGAGCUGCUUUGUGCUGCUGUAGGACUGUUUGCAAAUUUUUCCCUUCAGAUCUGGGCUUGUGUAGUAUAUUAAAUUUCCACCUCCACCCAGGGUCGCCCUUCCUUUGGGACCGAAGUUGACGAGGGAUUUGCAGCCGUGUGUAUUGGGAGCCGGGCCGGCCGCUCGCCCGGACCGGACCGAACCGAAGUCGGUUCCCGGACGUACGCGCAUGCGCGCUGAGUCCCGGGACGUGGGAUCGGGAAGGCGGAAUCUGUCAGUCAACCCCGCCGCUGGAUUCCGCACGGAGACCAACGGCGGGGCUCCGGCGAGCCGGGACUCCCCUGGUAUCGCCGCCGGGAUCCUGCGCCAGGUCCAACCCGGCACAGGAUCACCAACCCUUACUGGUUUUAAUGGGGAUUGCAAGGCAAAGAGAAAGAUAUAUGUUGGGUAAAGGAGCUAAACGAAAAUUUAGUGAAAAUGAAGAUGGGAUGGAAGGCAAAGUGUCCUCUGGGCAUGGUUCCUCAAAGGUGUCUUACACAUUACAGCGUCAAACCAUUUUCAACAUUUCCCUCAUGAAACUUUACAAUCAACAGCCCUUAACAGAACCCAGUUUGCAGAAGACAGUAUUAAUCAACAAUAUGUUGAGACGAAUUCAGGAGGAACUAAAGCGAGAAGGUAGCCUGAAGCCUAUGUUCAUUGCCCCUUCCCAGUCCACUGACACACUCAAUGAUAAUUACAGAGAAGUCCAGCCAGCAUUCAGCCACCUUUCCGCUCCUCCAAUCCAAGCCACAAGUUUGGUAAGCGCUACGUCACCAGACUCCUGCCUGACACCAGCAUCCUUGCUCGAGGAGGACACCUUUAGCAGCUCUCAAACUGUUGAUGUGGGCACAAGCAAAUCGCCAGCCCAGUCACUGAAAGAUAGUUUCUCUUCUGCGUUGGAUGAAAUCGAGGAGCUGUGCCCAACCUCCACUACCACUGCAGCAAAAAGCUACAAAGGUGACACAAGUGAGUCCAGCAAUCAAAAGCCUGAGGAGGUGCAGGAGAACAAGCCAUCUGAAACAAAGCUUGUAGACCCAUUGCCCGGCAACUUUGAAAUCACCACAACAGGGUUUCUGACAGAUUUGACACUUGAUGACAUUUUGUUUGCAGACAUUGACACCUCCAUGUAUGACUUUGAUCCUUGCACACCUACCACUGGACCUAGUGCAAAAAUGGCCACUGUCACUGCGGAUGAUAUCUUGAAAACCUUUUCUCCAUACAGCAAUCAAUCAGUGACUCCAAGUCCGCCUUUUAAAAUGGAUCUUGCUGAACUAGACCACAUUAUGGAGGUGCUCGUUGGGUCUUGAUAUGACAAAAAAAAGACUAGUUUUUUCAUAUAUGCAGUUUAUUUACAGAUAUUGUUCAUCCUUUAUUGUUUUAAAUGUGAUGCAGUCGCUACAACUUUUACAAGUGUGCAUGCAUUUUAGUCUAUAUAAAAUAACAAUUACACUAGUUAUUGUUUGCAGUAGAGUUGGGAGUGUCUUCAUCUGUGUAUGUCCACUUGUAGGGUUUUAAGUGUUAUUUUUGUUCAUCACUGAUUUGUUUCAGAACAAUCUCUGAACACUUGCUAAAAGCAAGAUUGUCUUCACACACAGUAUCAUGACAAUUCUGAAGUAUUGUGCAUUGAAUACACCAAGCACAAGGUAAUGUCAGAAUUAUUAUGAAAUGUAUACAUGUGAGUUUUUUUUUAAUUUUAAGGUAAACCAGGCUCUCUCUGCAAGUCUUGACAUUCUUCCUAUAGUUUCAGUUCAGCCUUUCAUUACAAAGCGACAGUUGCUCUUUUGAACCUGCUCUUUGGGUUUAUUUUAUAUUUUUGUACAGGAUUGCAGUUGAUCAUAUUGUUUUAUAAAAUGCUGUUUUUAUACACCGGAUAGCUAUUUUGAUAGGAUGUGCUCUCACAAUACUCUGCUAAAUUCAGAUGAACAAGAAUACCUUGUACUUUUAUACAAAAAGAUAAACCGAAUGUUUGUGUGCUGGAUUUGAGGGGCAUGUAAGAGUAACUGAAGUCUACAACAGUUCUGAGUGGAUCUCAAGGCUGUACGUGUGCAGAUUUGCUUGAAGGAAACGUUUUGGGCAGAGGAGAUGUACUUUAACUGGAUUCUGAAGAAUGGACCUUUAAUUGUUAUUUAUUUUCCUCUCAACAUCAUUAAUGCAUCCAUUUAGCAGCAUCCCAGUGUGUUCCUUGAAAGUGUGGUAUUUUGUGUGUGGCUAAGAAUUUUGUCAUUUAGUUCAAAACCAAAAUUUCUAGUUUGCAGCCUAGAUGAUGUUGGAGAAAGGCAUCUCGUGCUACUCACUAUUUAAUUAGACCCGUUAGUACCUGUUUAAAACUUCCUGCCCUGUAAACAGUUGGAAGCGUGAGUUGAUAAUGAUGUGUUACAAGCAGCAAGCAACAAGGACCUCAGUGAAUAAUGGGACCAAUAGUCUAUCUCCUUAAAUGAACAGGUUGAAGGAUUGGGAAAUAAACAAAAAAAGGACUGGAAAAGAUGGUGAAACUUGGCAAAAUUUGGAAAGAGGAACAAAAAUGGAAUUACUGGAUUAUAUCCAAAAGGAAAGCAAAAUUUAAAGGACAAAAAAAAUCAGUAUUGUAAUUUGAUAUUUUUAAAAAUCCUCCAACAAUAUUUCAUAACCUGAAAGAAUGGAACUCCAUUCUUUUUAAUUAUGUUCACCUUCUGGGCCAGAGAGCUUGACUGGCAUUAACAUUUCCCAUGGUAUUAACAAUGCAUGCUGAUUAUUACCAGAGUUAACUUUACACAGUAAGUCUGAUAGAUAAUUAAUGGAUUAAUGUAGCAAAUUCAAAAACACUUAAAAAUUAAACCCUAAGUGCCAUUUUUUUUGAAGAUCUGAUGGUGGAGUGGAGUAAAUCACUCAGCAACUUGUACAGUGUCCAACGGAUGGGGAGUCUUCCUCAUCACAUUGCUGUGCAAUUUAUGUGCUAAUAUAGGUCAGCAUCAUUCCCACAGCUAAUCCGAGUCUUUGUAUUGAUUUGUUUAUCCCUCUCCCACUCUAAAUUCAUUCAUUACCUCCUCACAAUCCACUUUAACCUGUUUGUCCAAAAACAAAACUGUCUCACUUCUUCUCGCAUUGUAAACACAUCCAUUCUGCAUCUGUGUGACAUCUGAUCACCAAAGGACAUUGCAUCUAUGCAAGUGAACAAAAUGAAAGUUACCAGGUAAACACAACAAUUUGGUGCUAUGUUGUGAGCUUUUAAUCUGUGAAGCAGGAAAGACCUAAUAAAACAGAUUUUUAAUUCCACAGCUGGAUCUGGGUGAGGCCAAUCUAGCCCUUUUUUUUUUACUAAGAAUAUAUUAAUAAAUCACACUGUAUGAAUGUAACAACACACAUCAAAGUUGCUGGUGAACACAGCAGGCCUGCUGCGUUCACCAGCAACUUUGAUGUGUGUUGCUUGAAUUUCCAGCAUCUGCAGAAUUCCUGUUGUUUCUGUAUGAAUGUGUCUGCUUUUGGAAAAAACGUAGAAAAGGAGAGUUGUGAAGUAUCUUCAGACUGCAGCUCCAUUUGCUCAGUCGAUAAAGUGCGUCAAUAUGGUGAGGAUGAUGAGUUUUUUUGUCAAAAGUAGUCAAUUUAAAGAGGUCCAGGGAACUAGCAUUAGAUCAGACUUUUCAUCUAUUUUGUGAAACAAAGUACUCAUUCUCCAACCCAUAUUUAAUUUUGAAAUGUGUAUGUAUGAUAUCAAUAUAACUGUUGUUAGGAGCGUAUUCACUGAGGAUAUGCCCUUCACCUCAGUAUUACUGUGAGUGAGUACAAAUCUUUCUGCUACAGAUUGGAGCAGAACUUGGCGACUGAAUAAACCUCCUUCAAGCCUCUGAAACUGAAGCCAGCCUUAUAACAACACUUUGCAAUUCCAAUUUGACUGGCUUUUUGAGAUUCAUCCAUUAAAGCAAGAUUUCAUAGGGGAUUUCUUCUGCCCCCUCCCACAUUUUCCUCCCCCUCAACAUUUCUUCUGUCCCCUCCCCAAUGUUUAUCAUAUAUAAUCAAGAUAAUCAAGUUUCAGGUAAAAGCAGAUCUCUAUGCAUGACUCUUACACUGAGUGUAAUAAUGCUUUGAAAGCUUAUGUUUAUUCACAGACAAGUGUAUUUAAUAAUUGUCUGGUAAAUUGCUUUGAAAUAAUUGGAAUGCCUCAUACCUGCUGUCAACUAUAUAACACCUUUCUUGGUUUUUUUAGUUUUGUGUUUCUCUUCAUUGGUACCGUAGCAAUUGUGUGUAGAUUACAACCUAUAUUGCAAUGCAUAUGGCUAAUUUAGGAGUAAGUCUUUAAAUUAAUUUAUUUAAGAAUUUUAAAUUAUGUUUUAUGUUCUGCCACAUUAUUAUCUGUUUUAAAUCCUUGUUCUUGCAGUGGAAAUGAUUAUUUGCAGUAACUGUGACUAUACUUGGAUUUUCAUUUUGCAAAUUUAAAACCUUUCACAAACAAAAUGAAGGAACAGCUAGCGAUUUGCUUAACUUGGCACAGUUUCCAUUGUUUGGAAGUAAAAAGAGUCUUUAUGUUUACAAAUCGUGCUUUCCCCUCAAAACCUAAAGUGGCCACUUUCAAUAACUUAUAAAAAAUAUAAAGUAAGGACUUUCCAAUCUUGUUUGAUAUACAUUGGUAUAUUAUUAAACUUUGUUCUCAGUAAAUAACAAAAAUUGCUCCAAUAAAUUCAAUGCAAUUUAUAUCAUGUCUGAUCUUUUGAUUUAGAUGGGGAGAGGUAUUGGAAUUCCAAACUAAUCUUUCACUUUAUUGGGUAUAUUUUUAAAGCCCUCAAAGAUGGCCACUUAGAAAUUAUACAUGUAUAUAAAAAUAUUUUGUGUAAAUUGUACAGUGUAUGGACAGAACUGGUAGAUACAGUAUAAACUAGAACCUGAGAGUAACAUCUCAUCGGUUGUUGGAAGGUAACAAGGAAUGAACAGAAAAAAACUUUGGUUGAGCUGUGAUAUUUCCCACACCUUAUUUAUUCUUUGUGUAAAUAUAUUUAUUUUAAUGAGUAGCUAACAGACUCUGCAAAACGGAUUAUAAUGUGUACAGAAUGUAUGUAUAGUAAGAAUUGUAUUCAGCUUUUGGAAUGUACAUUUGUGUGGACGCGUAGAAGCUGUAUUCAAAGAUUGAAAUGCCUCUGCUUUCUAUGAUGAGAUUUACUAGAGUGCUUCUCCCUUCUGCCAAGGCCGAAACACUGCAAUUUGCCACAGAUCCCGGAGCUGUGCCUUUUUCUAUGCAAUAUUUCAAACAUAUACGUCUGAAAGCAAGGUUACUGUAUUCACAUAAUUACAACUGUAAUUAAAUCCAAUUGAAGAAAUGUAAGUGAAAUUGAGCAGUCUUACUUUUGUAGUUUUAUAUUCAACAAUAAACUGUAAAA